ACAACCCUGCUGCUUCGACCUGCGCACCCUCCCCCCCUGAAGAGAGAGAGACGGACUGAAAAACAGACGAUCACAUUCACCUUCAGACCAAACUAACAACUUCCCCUGAGUUCAGCUACAGGAGAGAAAAGUGGAAACUACAACCCUGCUGCUUCUAGCGGCGGACCCUCCCCCCCCUGAAGCUUCACUCAGAGACAACAUGGCGUCCAGGUUAGAGGAAGAUCUCUGCUGUCCGGUCUGUAAGGACGUCUUUAGAGAUCCUGUUGUUCUGUCCUGUAGCCACAGCUUCUGUAAAGCCUGUCUGCAGACCUGGUGGAGAGAGAAACCAUCACGAGAGUGUCCAGUCUGUAAGACAGAAUCUUCAAGAAGAAAUCCCCCCUGUAACCUGGCUUUAAAGAACACGUGUGAGACCUUCUUACUGGAGAGAGGGACCUCUGAGGCUCUCUGCAGUCUGCACUCUGAGAAACUCAGACUCUUCUGUCUGGACCAUCAGCAGCCAGUGUGUGUCGUCUGCAGUGUUUCAAUAACACACACCAAUCACAGAAUCAGACCCAUCGAUGAAGCUGCUCAGGGUCUCAGAGAGGAGCUCCAGAAAGCUCUGCAGCCCUUUCAGGAGAAACUGAAGCUCAUUGAAGAAGUUAAAGUGAAGUUUGAUCAAACAGCAGGACACCUGAAGGUCCAGGCUCGACACACAGAGACGCAGAUUAAGAAGCAGUUUAAGAAGCUUCACCAGUUUCUAGAAGAGGAAGAGGAGGCCAGGAUGGCUGCACUGAGGGAGGAAGAGGAGCAGAAGAGGAGGAUGAUGGAGGAGAAGAUGGAGGCUGUGAGCAGAGAGAUAGCAGCUCUUUCACACACAGUCAGAGCCACAGAGGAGGAGCUGAGAGCUGAAGACGUCUCCUUCCUGCACAACUACAAGGCUGCAGUGGAGAGGCUGCAGCGCCCCCUGCUGGAGGUUCCACAGCUGCCCUCAGGAGCUCUGAUAGACCAGGCCAAACACCUGGGCAACCUCAGCUUCAACAUCUGGAGCAAGAUGAAGGACUUGGUGUCAUAUUAUCCUCUCAUCCUGGACCCAAACACUGCUCAUCCAGAACUCAUCCUGUCUGAAGAUCUGACCAGAGUGAGACGAGGAGAUGAGACACAGAAACUUCCUGAUAAUCCAGAGAGGUUUGAUAAAUACGGCUUUGUCCUGGGCUCUGAAGGCUUUAACUCAGGGACUCACAGCUGGGAUGUCCAGGUUACAGACAGUACACGCUGGGUACUGGGUGUGUUAGCAGAGUCUGUCCAGAGGAGGGGAAGCAUACAGUCUGGAUUAUGGAUGAUAGCUUUCAUUAAAGGUAUAUACUCAGCAUGUUCACCACCAGCUCCAGUCACUCCUCUCAGCCUGAAGAAGAAGCUCCAGAGGGUCAGAGUGAAUCUGGACUGGAACAGAGGAGAGGUGUCGUUCUCUGAUCCUGACACUAACACACACAUACACACCUUCACACACACUUUCACUGAGAGGGUGUUUCCAUACAUUUGCACUUGGGAGGAAGUGAAGAUAUUACCACUGAAGGUGUGUGUGACAGUGGAUCAGAGCAGGUAGAGAUGAACAGGAUCAUUCACUGACCUCUGCAGCACCUCCUGUCCGCCUGCUCAUUCCAACACAGUGUUUAACAGCUCACUUAUGGCGCAUUUCCACCACACGG